CCUCCCGCGAUAGUAUUAUAAAAGCGGACGUAACAAAAAAUUAUGUAACAAGUCGAAUUCUCAAAGAUGAAGUGGCUGGUGUUCAUAUGUCUGCUAGCCAUUGGCAGCAAUGCGUUCACAACAAGGCAGCAGAGGAAGUUUCCAGACGACUUCAUAUUCGGUACCGCGACCGCGUCUUAUCAAAUAGAAGGAGGUUGGGAUGCUGAUGGCAAAGGCGAAAACAUCUGGGAUCGUAUGACCCACACUAACCCAACUGUAAUCAAAGACCAAAGCAAUGGUGAUAUCGCAGCCGACACUUAUAACAACUACAAGAGAGACGUCGAAAUGAUGAGGGAACUUGGUCUAGAUGCUUACAGAUUCUCAUUAUCUUGGCCUAGGAUUCUCCCCGACGGUUUCUCAAACAGAAUCAACGACGCUGGUGUACAAUUCUACAAUAAUUACAUCGAUGAAAUGGUGAAAUACAACAUCAAACCAAUGAUAACACUCUACCAUUGGGAUUUACCUCAAAAAUUGCAAGAUUUAGGAGGUUUUCUCAACCCUCUCUUCCCGCAAUGGUUUGAAGAUUAUUCCCGUGUAGUUUUUGAUCUAUUCGGUGAUCGAGUUAAAUAUUGGAUCACGUUUAACGAGCCUAGAGAAGUGUGUUACCAAGGUUAUGAUACAGUGACUAUGGCACCGAUGCUAAAUGCUACUGGAAUUGGGGCAUAUUUGUGCGCGAAACACUUAGUUCUAGCACAUGCUAAUGCAUAUCAUCUAUAUAAAAAGGAGUUUGCUGGAGAUGAUGGUGUUUGUGGAAUUACUUACUCGGUGGGCUGGAGUGAGCCUUUAACUGAUUCAAAGGAAGAUGAAUUUGCAACCGAGUUGAUGAGACAAGCUGAUUGGGGCAUCUAUUCCGAGCCGAUUUUCUCAGAGAGCGGUGGAUUCCCUAAAGAGUUGACGGAAGUUGUCAACCAAAAGAGCAUAGAACAAGGUUACUCGAAGUCUCGUAUGCCGGAGUUUACUCAAGAAGAGAUUGAAUUCAUGAGAGGCGCGUACGAUUUCUUUGGUAUUAACCAUUAUACUGGCGUUUAUGUUUCUGGUACUGAAAACCUACAGGAACACCCUGUACCUUCGAUGCACGAUGAUAUUAAUGUGGGAACCUCCGUGUCUAGCGACUGGCCAGCAGCAGCCUCAGUCUGGUUAAAGCAAAUGCCUGAUAGUCUUCUAAACGUUUUACUGCUUAUAAAAGAGAAAUACAACAAUCCAGUAAUAUACAUAACCGAGAACGGAUGGUCUACUAGACUGGAAGCUGGUCUGGUAGAUGACGAUAGAGUGCGGUACUAUCGCGCCGCGUUGGAGAAUGUUCUAGACGCGUUGGACGCUGGUGUCAACCUUAAAGGAUACAUGGCCUGGAGUUUGAUGGAUAACUUCGAAUGGAUGCAAGGAUAUACUGAACGUUUCGGACUCUACGAGGUUGAUUUCGAAGACCCGGCUAGGACACGCACGCCGAGGAAGUCUGCGUUCGUUUACAAAGAGGUGGUAAGGACCCGCGUUGUUGACCAUGAAUACGAACCUUCCUCAAUGACCAUGACCAUAGACGAAGGAAAGUGAACGUUGAACGAAACAAUAAAAUGUUAAAAUUGUC